AUGUCAGGCCCUUGGACUCGAGCAAUUAAUCGGACUGCUCAAGUCCUUCGGGACAAUACCGCUCGAAUUGUGCGAAUGGAAGGCUUGAGUCCAAAUGUAGAGGCAAAAACGCUAUUCAGCUUUCGCACGCCUCAAGAUAUUCAACAAUAUGCACUCGGAUCUGACUCUGACCUGGGUGGGAACUCGACAGCGCAUUUGGACCACCAUCCAGACGGCUAUGCGCGGUUUUGGGGGGACAUGAGACUCGACGUCAAAGCUGGUUUAGAGGGAAAGUUAAGACCUGGAUAUGCGGGGUUCAGAAACAAGUCUCGUCCGACGCUCUUUGGACAAAUAUAUGAUGACUUGUCGUUACACAAGUACCUGGCUCUACGUGUCAAGGCCGGCGGAGAACCUCACACUCAAAAUUCCUACUUUGUAAACAUUCAAACGGACGGCCCGGUACAGAGCGAUCUUUGGCAACACAGACUUUAUUUCCAAACGGACGGCGAAUGGGAAGAUAUUAUGAUUCCUCUUUCCGACUUUGUAAUGACGAACCAAGGUGAUCUUGUCCAAAAUCAGGUCAGGAUGAUGCGCGAAAAAAUAAGAACGAUCGGAAUAUCUAUUCUGGGCGGGAAGUCCAGGACCCAAGGCAAAUAUGAGCUUGGAAUUGAGUCUAUUCGGGCUAUGAAUGAGGAACUGGAGCAAGGGUCAUCCACCAAACAAUUCAGCGAGCCUGCAGAAAAGCCAUUGGUCCAGUGA